AUGAUCAAGUUUGCGAUACAUAGGACAGAGCACGGCUCGGAUCACUAUGCUAUUAAGACUGAGUUCGAUGCGCCGUGGUCAGCCCCAAAGCACCAGGAACGACCUCUAUUAAAGAACGCACCAUGGAAAGAGAUCAAUACCAGAAUCGCGAGUGCUCUAACCGCUACUCCGUCAGGAGGCACGGUGCAGUAG